UUAGGUCAUUGCACGUGUACACGUGGACUGGUAUAUCAAUGUCCAGGUUUCUGGGCAUUACUCUCCAAUACUUGAGGUCUCGGACCCCUCCUCGGAAGACAUCUAAUCAGCAUCUAAUUUACAGAUCUGGAAGCGUUUUCCGGGAACUUCUUUAUAUUGUGUCUCUAAUGAACUUUAUGUACUGUACCAUGGCUAAAACAGCCAUAAUCGAUAUCCGCUGUUUUCGGUUUCCAUAAAAGGGAUACAUCAAUCAGAACAGGUGCUAUUUUAUCCACCAUCGUUUUCUUCCUCCUCCGAUGCUAUGUAAUCGAGUUUGGUGAUUACGUUGAAUUUAGUGCAGAUAUUUCGUUGGGCUCACUUAAAUAUUGCUUGAUGAGGCCCAGUGGGACAACUUUAUUUUUCCGCAAUGAAAACACCCUAUCGAUCUGGCUUAGACAUGCAAGAAACAUGAAAUAGGGAAUAUUUAAACAACUCGGUACGCUAGCUUUUAGAAUGCUAAUGGGUUGUGAUUUCCUGUCGUUGAGUAUCCAAGAGAACGGGUAUUAGCCCGGACGAGGAAAUCGCCUCUGGUCUGCACAGGAAUCUGAUAUAAAAUAUUUAUACUCACGGAUAAUUUCUGAUUUAAUUACACUGUUUAUAGGAUAUCCGAUAACCGUGCUCAACACUACGUGCAUCAUAUUUUUUAUGGUAUAAAUCAACAACAUAUAGUGAAAAUACAGCCAUGACGUGAAAAAAGAGGUUUUUAGAAUUAGUCUUGAGGAAUGUCUUGGACCAGAGGACAACUCAGACAGGAUGACUGACGUACUGAAUGUGAGGACAGUGGUGGAGCGUUUGCUCCAGAGGGACAUUCCUGACCAGAUCGGAGAGACAUCUGGUGUGCAGUUUGAGCUUACAGGGAUGCGCACUACUAACCUUCAUCUUCCAUCAGCUGCUUUGAUACAAGACAAAAUCUCCGCAAAACGAGGAGGACUUAGCAUGACGGGAAAAUAUCGUUUCACUUACGGUAGUUUAUUAUCCGGUGACGGGGAUUUUGACGUCAUCGUUUCUGGUCUUUCAUUGGUAAUCAGCCUCCAACCGCGACAUCACCAACACCGACAACACAACCCUCGGCACGCCAGGGCUUCCCCAGUCAACUCCUCUCAUGGGGACCAACACACUGCUGAUCACGACACCAUCAUGAGGUUCAUUCACCACGGUCACGUGGUGUGUCAGGUGAAAAGCGUGAAGAUUAAGUUCCGCGGAAAAUCUUCCCGCCUCUGUGGAUUCCUGACAAAGGUGUUUUCCAGGUGGAUUGCCACACAACUACAAGUCAGCACGGCAGAUUUCGUAAAGAGUUGGUUUAAGGAAGAACCAGACAUGUCUGUUAUAGCAUUGAUGGCACUCUUUGCAAUGAAUGACCAAAAUGCAGCCGAUGAGGAGGAGUCUAGAAAUCGAUGCUGGAGAUUCCGAAGGAGACGGGAGCUUCAUUAGAUCACGUGACAUGUUAAUCUCAAACUAUGGUAUUUUUUCCUCAACCAAGGAGACUGGAUAUGAAGUAGAUCACAUGCCCAUGUUCUAUGAAACUUUGCCUGUCAUGAUGAUUCCGUGCUAUAGACAAUGCGGAUAUACCAGAGUUUUGUAGACGUCAACGUUUAUUUUGUUAUAUUUUAUUAUAUUUUUUAAUUUUAUAAUAUUUGUAAAGUUCUACAUUUUGAUUUACUCGUAAAACAAAUAAAAUACUCAAAUUUAUGUAAUAAA